AUGACUCGUGUUUUCAUCGGGAGAUUGGCAAUGAAUGCCCGAGAAAGCGAUGUGGAAAAAUUUCUUCGAGGAUACGGUAAAUUAAAAGACAUAAGCUUGAAAAGAGGAUACGGAUUUGUGGUAAGAGAGGGCGAAUUUGUUUAUUCUUGUAGGAGAAAGCUAAGUACGAGCAUGUGAAUACUCUGCACUUCUAGACGUUAUGAUUUUUCAAUGUAGGAGUUUGAUGAUCAUCGAGAUGCUGAUGAUGCGAUUGCAGAUUUGAAUGGCAAGGAACUGCUGGGAGAAUAGUGAGUGAAGUAACGAAAGUUUUUUAGCUAAAUAUAAAUUCAGAAAUUAGGCUAAAUAAUUCAUAAGCAACGAAAUCAACCUUGUCAGAUAUUACAUAGUACCUCGUAGAUGUAACGACUUUAUUACUGCAGUAUUUUUUGUUUUACGGUAGAGAACAUAUAAUCCUGUCUAAUUUAAAGAUGGGUUACAGUCUUAAAGUACACCACGAAAGUCAUUUUCUUUGAUUUGGCUUUUAUCCAGCCACCUGCAAAUAGGCAUAUAUCACGUAGCUGAAUUUUCGCCAAAAUACGUAGGGUCCCAUGGCCUAUUCUUGAAAGAAACCGAUCAAUAAUGAAACGAAACACAACGAUACCGAUGAACUCUUUGUGUUGCUUCAAGACUUAUGUGUUAUUAGGUAUCACUUUGCCCACACACCACUUUCACUUCGGCAGGGGCCAUAUUUCUGCUUCUUGUGAUCCAAUUAAGAUUGCCUCUAAGGAUCUAAAGCUGAAGUAACUUUUAUGUGUUUUUAUUUUUUUUCAGUGUUGCAUUAGAGUUGGCCAGAGGAAAGAGGAGUGGUGGCGGUGGUGGGCGUGGUGGAGGAAGAGGUGGAGGGGGCUAUGGUGGUCGCAGACCUGUUUGGCUGGACAAGUAUUACGAAUAUUUUUAAGACAUUUUUAUCCCAAAUAUAAUUACUGUAUUUAUUUUCUUAGUUUUGUUUAAAACUGGUGAAAAACUUUAAAUUUAUACAAAUUUCUUUCAUUUUGUCCCUACUGGGGGUCAAGGUAUGGGCCUCCAGUAAGAACACAGUACCGUGUUAUCGUGGAAAACAUGUCAAGUCGCACAAGUUGGCAGGUACUUGUUAUUACCUAGGUGCAUUGUAUGUUUUAUGAGUAUAGAGUUGGAUUGAAAUCAAAUCUGAGUAAAUGGGAAAUUGGAAUUAACAUCUGGAGAUUCUUGUCGCAAUGUUGGGAAAGGAUCCUCUCCAAUUAUUCCUCCAUGGUGAAAAUUUUGCUUUCCCUUUUCAAUCACUAUAAUAUAUUUUACUUGACUUUAAUUGUUUAUGUAAUUGUGUAAUUUGCUAUGCUAUUGUUGUAUUUUCACUGUAUAAUAAUAUACCUUAUGAAUUUUAAGAAUGAACAAAUGAAGGGUUUGAUAUAAAAUGCCAGGUAUUUGUUUAAAGGACCUGUUGAUUUGAUAUAGAUGGUUUGUUUUUCCUACAAAAGUUUUGUCAGGGAUUGACAGCAGGCAAUUAGUUUAUGGAGAAGAGAUUCCCAAUUUAGUAUUUUUUCGUUUGUUUGUUGACAGGGCGUUAAGGAUUAAGCGCUUGAUAUUCACUAAGCAAAGGUUACAAAUGAUGUUGGAUCUUUUCCUAAACUGAGGGAGGUUCCCUUUGCGUGUCACUGCCUUGCGAUGGUUGUGAAAGCUUGCAAAUUAACGAUGUGAAGUGACUUAAUGUGAUAUGGGUACAGUGAUUGAUGAGAAGUCUGCUUGUCAUCUCUGAAGAUACUAAACUAAAUCUGUGAUAUGUGAGAAUUUGAAGAGAGAUGUAUUGUAUUGUACACUCAGGUAAGAUGGAGGGAAGGCCACUGUCUUCCCUUUCUGGGUUUCAAUCCAAAAGAGUUAGCCAAUCAUUCUCGGCUGUUUAAGAGUGAAAGGUGAUUGGUAACUUUGAUCGACAGCUUUUGUUAUUAAAUUAUGACAAAUUAAUAUUUGUUUCUGAUUUCUUGAGAACAUCAUCAGAAUUCUUGCAAACAAUUAAACAGUGUGUUCACCAGUAUAAGGAAAUUAUUGGUUACCCUUUGAGCAGAGUCUUCCUUCACCUCCUCCAAAGAAAUAGAAGGUUCUUUUUGGAGGAGGUAGAAGAUGACUCUGCUAGCAAGAUGGUUAUAUGUGUAACCUUAUUUAAUUGUUCAAGGAAAAGAGUAGUUUAACACAAUACUUUUAUUUGUUAGUCAUGGUUGCCACAAAUCAUAAAAUGGCUGGUGAGAAAUUCUUCAUUGAGGAACAAUCUUGAAUAUUACAUGUUAGAUCUUUGGAAACUUUUCUCAUUUGGGAGAUCGCAAAGUCUUUGAAUAUUAGAGAAAAUGAUUUGUGUGGCAAACAUGUUUGACCUUGUAUUUGUUUCUUUCGAGCUAGACUGUCAUUGAAUCACUAACAUUCUCAUCUGAUUAUCUGUUAGGAUCUGAAAGACCACCUUCGCCAGGUCAGCAAUGCAAGACUAACUUAUGCUGAUGCACAUAAAAAGAGAGUUGGAGAAGGGUGAGGAUUUUUAAAAUAAAAUUUACAGUAUUUUUUUGGUUAUAGGGUGUAGCACUUUUUCAAAGAAAUUUUGCCUGAUCACCCUUGAACUGUCUCAGAUUUGGGUGCAUCUUAUAGCUAAGUAUUUUCAUGCAAUGAAAUUUGAGAAUGUCCUAUUUUCUAAUUUAAAAAACAAAAGAUAAAUAAAUAAGUAAAAGGCUAGGAAUAUUGGUUAUUAACUUUACUUGACUUGGUGGUUCUGAAAAGAAUCAUUUAUUCAUACUUAAAGAAACAAAUUCAAAAAAUCAAGGUGUGUCUUAUAACUGUGAGUGUAUAACCAGAAAAAAAAAACGGUAUUCAACAAAAUAUUUGAGGAUUAAUAGCAAUGUAGCAAAGUUUGCAUAAAAUUUACCAAAGUUGUAUAUUCAUUAAAACAUUAGUGAACGUGCGUACUGAAGUCAAACUUUUGAAUGUUUUCAUAGAUGUGUAGAAUUUGAGAGUCGUGAGGACAUGCUGGAUUGCCUCAGGAAAGCUGAUGAUACAGAACUUGGAGGCAAAAGGAUUCGCCUUGUUGAAGUGAGUGUGCGAGUCUUUUCAAGAGGAUGUUCAUUAUAUUCCUUCAUCAUUUUUGAUUAGAAUUCAUUGGCAUUAAAUACACAAGGUGAACACUUUAUACAUGCAUUGUAUGAGUAUGUCACCUGGCCAGCAUCCCUUGUGGUCUGGACCAACAAUUUCUUUUAAUCUUGAGAAAUUUUUGCUCACAAUAAAAAUUCUUAUUAUAUUUGGUCUACAGUGUUAAUAACAUGUAUAAUUCUUACUUGAUCAAUUUCAGUGCAUGCUCUUUUCAAAUUAGCUGAUGAACUACUUCUAGAUUUGUGCAACCAUUAUAUGUUUGAAAUGAAAAUAGAAGGUAAAACAUUGUUUCUCUUUCACAGGACAAGGGCCAUCAUAGCUCUCCUCCGAGACGCAGUAGUUAUAGAAAGAGUUCUCACUCAAGGUCCCGCUCAAGGUCCCGUUCACGAUCUCGAUCUCGUUCUCGCUCUCGAUCACCGAAGAAGCGUUCAAGGUAACUUAUGUUGUAUUGUCUAACACAAGUUGAAUGUACAUGUAGGAAGAGUGGGUCAAGAAAAGGGGUGACUUGUGCUCAUUACAAUCUUUGUGUUUUAUGUAGCUGAACAAUUGUAGUUAGUAUUAUAUGAAAAAUAAUGUUAUCAGAAAUGCAGUUUUUUUUAUUGUUCAUUUAACUGUUUGAUCCAUAGGUCUUACUCUCGCUCCAGAAGUCGCUCUGCAUCAAGGUCCCCAGCCCGUGCAACAAAGCGUUCACGAACACCUUCAAGGUCUCCUGAGCCAGCAAGGGCUGCAUCACCUGACGAAAGACGUGAUGAAAGACGUGAAGAAAGUGACGAUUGAUUGUCAUCACUGGUUUAAGUUUACAUAGGCUACUUUUGAACCAGUGUUCGUUCAAAAUACAUCUCAUAGAAAACUGUCCAUUGAACAAUUUUUUGAAGUUUUUAGUGAUUGCAAAUGUAGCACAUUUGUUAGAGAUUUUUUUCCUGUGUGUGGGCUUGAAUGUCUGAACCAAACACAGAAUAGAAGUUCAUAGUGGAAGAGUUUAUGUAAAGUUCUCACUACUCUAAUCAAUGUCAGUAUCUAAUAGAGAUUUUCAGUCGAAUACAGUUUUGAUGAUCAAAAUUGUGUUAUAUUUAGAAAUUUUGUACUGUUUGCAUUUGAUUUAAUUGUGUUGUUGAGUAUAUUAAAGUAAACACUCUUCAUGUAAAAUGAGUUGUUAGAGGUCAUUUGAGUGACCACUCUGAUCUAAUGGAAAGCUGUAAUACUGUUGUUUUAAAAUAAAAUCUUAACCAGAUUUGAUCCCAUC